AUGGAGAGUGAUGCAAACGACAGCAGUGAAGAGGAUGAGAACAGUGGUGGCGGUGGUGGUGUUGACGGCUCUUCAAACACAGCCCUCAUCAAGGCAGGGCCUGGUAAAGGCAACAAAACGGGAAGUGGUGGUCACCUGACGGACCUCGAAGCAUACGCCCGAAAGGAGACAUCUGACGACAAGGAGUUCCUCAAGUUUCGCCGCCGCAUUCGCCAUGACCCAGAACAGGUUGUCCGAUACCACUUGGGUGGUGACGUAUUGUGGGUGUCCAGUGAUAAUAAACCGAGUGAACACAGCAUUCCACCAUGUUCUUCUUGUGGAGCCCAACGCAUUUUUGAAUUUCAGGUGAUGCCACAACUGCUGACCCAUCUUGGUGUUGAUAUUUUGGAGGACAGUCUCGACUGGGGAACACUGGCUGUGUAUACCUGUGCAGACAGCUGUGACAUUGGGGUGAAAUAUGUACAGGAGUUUCUAUGGAAACAGGACUAUUCCUCAAAAUGCUCUUGA